UUUAUUAAAAUUUAAUUUAUUCUGUAUAAUGGAUCUAAUUGUUGAUUUCAAUGGUUAUAAUUUACCCGAUGGAAACUUUGCUAUAAAAGAAUACAGUUUUUGCAGUUUAUUUCCAGACAUAAAUGGGAAUUAUUAUGCAGCUCACAAUAUAGUAACACCUCCACUUCUUAAUAAAUCUUACAAUCAAGAAGAAUAUAAAAAAUGCUAUGAACCAUAUUAUGAAACAUACGGGAUCCCUUGGAAUUCUGGAGUCACUAAUUAUUCAUUUAUGAACACAAUUUUAAGAUUACAUUUAAGAGAAGCAAAUACUAUUUACCUCAGAAAUUUAUUUAUGAAAAAUUUAAUAACGAAUUUAUGUGAAGACGAAUUUAAUGUCAUAUGUCUGUACGAUUAUGGCUAUGAAUUUAAUCCACCGAUGAAUACAAAUUGUCAUUAUCAUGAGAACCCUGAUCGUAAUAACUGCGCUAAUGACAAUACUAUCAACAUGAUGAAUUGGCUACAGAAUACGCAAUUUUAUCUACCAGAAACGCGGAAUAACUUUAUAAACCUGAAAAAUAAAUUCUUGGGAUUCAAUCAAAUGGAAUACAAGUCAGCAGACGAAACUAGUGAACAUCCUCGAAGUAAAAAGAGAAAAUUAAACGAAUUUAUCUGAUUAAUUAUGAAGAUAAUUCAAGAGUAUUAAAAUUAUGAUAUAGUAUAAAUUAUACUUUAAUAAAUUUAUAGAAUAAAAUAUUUUAAUUUUU